AUGCCCUACAUCAUCCAAGUCCCCGGCAUUCCUCGCCCAUACAUCACAAACGACCCACGCAUCUAUCUCGAUUGCGCCCGCGUCUUCCACUGGCCCUGCGAGGCCCGCCCCUUCUCCGACAGCUACUGCAAACUCCUCCGGGACCAAGAGGAGAAGCGCCACGAAGGCGAGCGACGCCGCGAUCAGCUGGAAUCCCACUACUUCGACCAGCUGGACCACAUGAGGCUGAUGGAGGCUGCUGCGACGCCCUUGCCAGAGGAGCCAGAGGGGAUGGAAGCUGCGGCUGUACCGGGAGGUUGCACUGUGGGUACGGGAAAACAUGCCAAGCAUGAUUCGGUGCAGGAGGCCGUCAUCGACGUGGCGCAGGUUUCGCUUUCAUGA